CCACAUAGCUUGGGUGGGAGUAUUGUCUUUUCGAUCUUCAACGCUCAAAAGGAGGCAGCCCCAACAGAGCCCAGCCAUUGCGAGGGAAAGGAUGAGUACCUUGAAUUCUCACAAUCUCCUUCUCGACGUGCACAGCUCAUGGCACUCAGCUAAAAUCCCCAUCUCUGAUUUCGCGUACCUCCACACCUCCAAUCUCCUCUCUUCCCUCUCCUCCUCAUUCCGUCGAACACCUCGCACGCGCAAAGGGAUCGUAUCUUCCACCUCCUCCUCGUCUCUCUUUCCAAUCCGUCGGCCUGCCGAUCGCUUCUCCAAUGGCAACGCAUCCCCCUCGACGCCUUCCACGUCGGCAUCGUCGUUGUCAUUGUCCAGAUCGGUCGCUGUUUCCGAGCUGGAGAUGUUUCUAGAACUGGUCCCGCCGAGGAUGCGGAACGGUCUGUUCCGGCAUGAAGAGAUCCAGCGGCUGAUCGAAGUGGUGAUGGACCUGGGAAGGAAGCCGCUCGCACGGUUCCCUUCCGGGGAUUGGGUCAUAUCGGAGCAGACGGUGAAGCUUGAAGACCUAAGGCAUGCGAUUUCGAAGGUUGGUGAAUUUUCCGAUGACAACCGAUCAGGUAUUGAUCAUUCCUUGCACCGUAUAAGUGCUAUUCGAAACCGCAAGAUGCAAAUAAUUGGCCUCACUUGUCGAGUUGGCCGGGCUAUAUCUGGAAGUGCUGAGAUGAUACGUGAUUUGAUUGAGGGUGGAUGUUCAAUCUUGGUCAUCGGACCUCCUGGAGUUGGCAAAACAACCUUGAUCAGAGAAAUAGCUAGAAUGCUGGCCGAUGAACACUUGAAACGUGUUGUCAUUGUUGAUACAUCAAAUGAGAUUGGUGGUGAUGGAGAUGUCCCUCAUUCAGGAAUAGGCCGUGCAAGGAGAAUGCAAGUUCCAAAUGUCAACAUGCAACACAAUAUUAUGAUAGAAGCAGUUGAAAAUCACAUGCCAGAAACCAUUAUAAUAGAUGAAAUUGGAACAGAGCUUGAAGCAUUGGCAGCCAGCACAAUUGCUCAAAGAGGUGUUCAACUGGUCGGAACGGCACAUGGAAUGACAAUUGAUAACAUAAUUAAGAAUCCUUCUCUGCAGAUCCUCGUUGGUGGAAUAGAGAGUGUUACACUUGGUGAUGAUGAAGCAAGGAAAAGGAAAGUGCAGAAGACAAUUCUUGAGAGGAAGGGGCCUCCGACAUUUACCUGUGCUAUAGAGAUGAUAUCCAAGACAGAAUGUCGUGUUCAUCACAGAUUAGAAGCAACUGUAGAUGCUAUCCUGGCAGGAAAGUCUCCUCUAUUUGAAAUCCGGCAAAUGGACUCCAAACCUAAUGAUCCUGCGAAAUCCACCUGGGUGCCUGAGAAACAUCCUAAAGAAGGACUUGUGGUUACCAGUAGUGAGUAUGAGGAUUCUGAAACAGAGCUCAUAGAAGAUGCUGCAGAUUAUGCUGUUGAAUGCAUCAAGAAAAGUAGUAGAUCUGUCAGCAACAAGAGUUCACCAGUACGUGUGUACACUUACAAGAUCUUAGAAGCUGAUCUGUUGCAAGUAGCACAAGUAAUGGGGCUGGAUGAUGAAAUAGAUGUAACUGACGACAUUGGAACAGCAAAUGCAAUUCUCGCGUCAAGUUCUGAGUUGAAGCAGAACCCAUGGAUUCGUGGUGUUGCUAAAUUUCACCAUUUACCAGUCUUUGUUAUCAAGACAAACACUAUGGCACAAAUGGUAAAGGCAGUUCGCAUGAUUUUAGGGAUGGAUAUGUUUGGAUCUGCACUGCCCAAACAUUUUGCUAGAGACAUUGAAAUUGAAGAUGAUGCACCUAAAAGAAAGCCCUCAUUGGAGGAGAUUGAUGCCUUGGAGGAGGUUCGACUUGCCAUCGAGUAUAUUGUAAUUCCCGGUGGAGAGCCAGUGGAACUCCUCCCAAGAUGCUCAGAGAUAAUUGCUCGUCAGCUGGAGCUUGUGGAGAGCUAUCAGCUUGCUGCAGAGAAGUCAGGGACAGAGUUGAACCCCAGGUUGCAGAUUCUUCCUCAGAAAUUAAAGAAAACUGCCUCAGCUAAGUACUCUGAAUCUUGCAGUAGACAAGUAGGAUCAGUAUCAGGAUUAGAUUCAAUGACUGGUGGUGGUGGGGGUACCAGUGUGGCCCGGCUACCCAUUUUGCCCGAGUAAUUCCCAUUGUAAAUCAUAUCAACCAUCAGUUGAUAUUUGUAUCAUCUCAUGUACAGACAUGUAAAUUAUGAUGCUCAUGUUGUAGUAAUCUCAAUGAACAUGUAUUCAUCAUCAUUCCUUUAA